UUUAUAUUUUGACCGGUAGCAGCAACUUUACUUUACGACUUACAAGUGGAAUUAAAAAUCAUGGGACUGCUCACAAUUCUGAAGAAGAUGAGACAGAAAGAAAAGGAGAUGCGACUUCUUAUGCUAGGGCUGGAUAAUGCAGGGAAGACCACUAUAUUGAAGAAAUUCAAUGGAGAAGAUAUCAACACAAUAUCUCCAACGCUUGGCUUCAACAUCAAGACAUUAGAGCAUAAAGGGUUUAAACUGAACAUAUGGGAUGUAGGUGGUCAGAAGUCGCUCCGUUCUUACUGGAGGAACUACUUUGAGAGUACAGAUGGAUUGAUCUGGGUAGUGGAUAGUGCUGAUAGGAGGAGAUUGAUGGACUGCAAACAGGAGCUGCAUUCUCUGCUUUUAGAGGAGAGGUUAAAUGGUGCUACGCUGAUAGUCUUUGCUAACAAGCAAGAUUUGCCAGGUGCUCUGUCUGCUGAUGAAAUCAGAGAGGCGUUAGAACUUGAUAACAUCAAGACCCAUCAUUGGUUGAUUCUGGGAUGUAGCGCAGUAACGGGUGAAAAUCUACUCUAUGGUGUCAACUGGCUGAUAGAUGACAUUGCUUCCAGACUCUUCACUAUGGACUGAUCAUGAGUCACUCUUGAUUUUCUCACAAAGGGAGCAAGGGAUCGGCAGCUUUUGGAACUUAUUCACAUUUUGCAGCUUUGUGGUUCCCCUGGCCUAUACAAGAGCCUCAAAUACUAUGUCUACGAGUUCUGCGAGCUACUGUGAACUCUAUGGCCUAUCUUUUGAGCACACUGCUAGCUACUGGGUCUUCUAUCAUGAACAGCUCAUUUAUCUGCUCUCGAGGAAUGAUCGCACUGCGAAGAAGAGAGAAGAGCAAAAUUGAAGCAGAAAUUCAUUGAAAUCGUCACAUAGAGUAAAUAAGCAGCUGAACACAAUGUGAUGUCCCUCAUUUCUUGAACAUUAAGGUUUUUUAUUUCGUGAUGAUAUGAAAGAAGAUGACCCUCAAAAUGUUAUAAUUGGAGAUGAAAGUUUGAAUUCUGAGACAAUUUUGGAAGAAAAAGUUCCUUUGAUAUCUUUGCGAUACAUGCUAGAAUUGAUAAUUUCUCUUUUGUUGAAUUCCCCUUUGUUAAAAACAAAGAAAUUGAAGGGUUACAGUAAUAAUAAUAGUGGGGCCUUGUAUAGCACUCAUGUCUUGAACAUUUUUUACUAUUAAUACAUCAAAGUGUUAUUUUUGACAUGUUGCCAAGUCUACCUUCUAUCUAGACCUACGUCCGAUUAAAGUAAAGAUUCUCAUUAGAUAGAUAGGAUGUAUUUGGUUCGGUGGUCCCCUGGGCUAUGGAAAUGCUCUUUAACUAAACUCCCAAUGCCUUAAUGAAUAAAAUUUGAAAAUUGGGAUUACAAAUAUGCCACUUUCUUCCAAUGAAAAUUCUAACAUGAAAGGACGGGUGUGAUGUAGGAUUAUGCCCAAUAAAAUGAAAUCAAAUACUGUAAAACCAGAAACUUUCAUAUGAAUGAAAAUAUGUGCAAAUUUUGCAAGUGGUUUAGAUUUAAAGGUUUCAUGCUGUGAAAUUAUUGCAUCACAACCAACACAACAUUAAAUUUGUGCAAUUCGCGAAAGUUUCUUGCUGUGCAAAAUGGGCAUGCUCGAUAACUUGCAAAAGUUUCAGUCAUGACACUUUCUGGUUUUGUAGUAAAAGAUGGAUACUAUCCCACAAUCAUUUUUUAUCAGUGGUGAUAUUCAUGUAUUAACAAAAAAAACGUGAACAUUUUUGUUUGUAGUAGUUUAUAUUUGUUGUGUGCUGUAUGUGUUAUCCAUAGCCCCUCUUCCAUCACUCAUCAAAGUGCAAUAUUUGAGGGUUUUUUAAUCUUGAUUUUAUAACAAAAUUUGAUGGUUUUAAUAGAAACUUGUUCUAAUAGGAAGAUGAACAUAAUUUUCGCCUAUAGAAAAUUGGUCACAACAAGGUAGCAUGGGGUGGUCUGUCCACUGCAAGCAACAUUCGUUAUUAGCUCUUUGUUAAUUUAUAAAGAUUUCAUUUGUAUUUUUUGUUUGUAGGUGAGGGAGAGGGGGGGGGGGGGGUGUUACAUAUUUUUUGUAAGGCGUGUAUUUAAUUUAAUAGAAAACAUUAUGCGUCUGGCAGGAUCCCAUUUGUCAGACACACAAAGAUGAUCGUAGGAAGCCUAUGCAUUAUGUGUCCUUUUGAUUUGAUAUUAAUCCUGCAAUCUGUGUAUAUAUGUGACUGAUUUUUUCUCUCAAUGUACAUUACUUGUAAAUAUUUUUUUUUUGGAUACACAUUCCUACCCUUAUUAAAUUAUGGUGAAAUAAAGAUAAAUGCAAGAAAGACAUAACCGAAAAAAA